CUCUCACACAUGUCUAGAUUGAUCUUACAAAGCAAACCUCUUUUCAGAAGCCUUGUACGCCUACCAACAGGUCGAUACACAAAGAUACGUCCUACUUAUGCUUUCUCCACCACAACCUCCUGGAAAGGAAACAACACCACUAGACAGGUCACAGGUGAAUGCGCACAUACCACGCCUAACGAUCCAGGUUUAAAGAAACGGAAAGCCGAUAUGAUCGAAUUUCUCUACCAGAACCACCAACGUCCUGUCCCAACUGGAAAAAAAGAUAUAGUUUUGACCAACUGUCCUCAUUGUAUCAAGAUCCGCAAGAACAGCUUUGCAGCUUAUUUAGAUCUCGCCAAAAGCACUUAUAAUUGCAAGACAUGCGGUACUCGUGGAUCGUGGCAGGAAUACACACGAACACUCAAAAAGAAAUUGACAAGCAACCAAACUGAGCCCCAGUUAAUCUCAGCUUCUAAUGUCUUUGGAUCGCACCACUCUCAGUUUUCUCGACCAAUAGAACAAGUAGAGGCAUACCCCGAGCGACUUGCGCAAGAUACAGACGUACUAGAAUGGUUACAUACAACUUAUAAAAUUAAACCAGAAGUACUUCGUACCUAUGGUGUAGGUCUUGCUAAUUAUGUCGACCCAGAUACGCGUCUGAGAGAGAUUCAGGAAAACAAGGAGGUACAAGAAUCUCUUUGUCUUACCUUUCCCCAGACUACUUUGACAUAUAACCCAGAGGCGCCUGAAGAUGAAUCGUCGCCAGAAGGCACUUUUAAAUUAGACACAAUACGCAUCAAAGCAUCAUCGCUCGAUACACCUUCAGAAACUUUGGCAUACGAUCCCCCUGUGCCAAAUCGCUCUAUAUCUGCAGGUCUAUUUGGUUACAAGACUGUAACAUUCGAAUCAGACUCCGUCAUUAUUACUCGAAGAGAACUCGAUGCGAUGGCUAUUUUUCAGGAAACAGGUAUACCUAGUGUUUCGUUGCCUAGCUCAAAUUACCAGCUUGAAGAGUCUGUUCUUCCUUUACUUGAGCGAUUCUCCAAGCUAUAUGUAUGGCUGGAUGAUGAUGUAGACGGGCAGCUGGCUGCUGAUCGAUUUGCAAAUAAACUCGGAGACUCUCGGUGCAUGAUUGUGAGCACCAGAAUUAAUUCACCACAUGGUCCUGUAAAUGCACAUGGGGCAUUACUAGAGGGAGAAGAUCUUAGAAGUAUACUAGGAUCUGCUCGUCAAAUUAAGCACGAUGAAAUCAUGGAUUUCAGUGAUCUUCGCGAGGAAGUAUACAGUGAGAUCAUGAAUCCUGAACAAACUCGAGGUGUACAAUCCAAAGAUCUUCCUGGAUGGAACUCACUCUUGAAGGGGCAUCGUUCGGGGGAACUGACGAUUCUGACAGGCCCAACAGGAUCUGGAAAGACGACAAUCAUUAGUCAAUUGAGUCUGGAUUAUUGUCAGAGUGGCGUGCCUACUCUAUGGGGAUCGUUUGAAAUUCUCAAUAAGCGAUUAGCCAAACGAAUGCUCUAUCAAUACUCGGGCAAGGAUCUUAGCACGGCUCCUCAAGAAAUCGAUGCAUGGGCAAAUAAAUUUGAACAGUUGCCUUUAUAUUUCUUAAAAUUCUUUAGUAGUACUGCUAUCAAGGAUGUAUUGAAGGCGUGUAGCCAUGCAGUAUAUGCUCAUGAUGUCAGACACAUUAUCCUAGACAACCUCCAGUUUAUGCUUUCCCAACAAGGUCGGUCUAGUCUAGAUCGAUGGGAAUUACAGGACGAGGCAAUUGCAGAGUUGCGACGAUUUGCAACACAACAGGAUGUCCAUAUCACUCUUGUAGUCCAUCCACGAAAAGAUAUUGGCGAGCAACUAGAUAUCAACUCAGUAUUCGGCAGUGCAAAAGUAACACAAGAAGCUGACAAUGUGGUCAUUAUUCAAAAGCCUCUGAAGGCCGAUGGAUAUCGAACCUUGGAUGUCAAGAAAAAUAGAUACGAUGGUACACUUGGUGCUAUGCCUUAUGUAUUUAUGAAAGAUUCAUUAAAGAUCCGAUGCCUUAAUGACAAAGAGACCGCUAAACCCAAACGUAUUUCUAAACCUCGUUAUCCUAAAAGUACAUAUCCAUCGGCUGUAAAUAGAGCUGAUCAUGCCGAAUACCCAUUAUCAACAGAAGAGAUUGCUGGUCAAAUAUAUUAAGUAAUUGCUACAAAUCAC